AGUAGGCCCGGCAACGACACGCAUCCUGCGAAAUAGUGCUCCCUAACAACAGACAAAGCUUGACACAGUGGAUUUUAAAUAAAAGCGUUUCUCGUUCACUCCUUCAAUGACGAGAAUCUCCUCCGAAUCAACUCCAACACAGUGUUCUCAGCCUAACGGGUUGUCCCUGUCUGUGGUGUCCCCUAGACGUGAUCCUUCACCUUCUGGGGAAGAGACCGCAAUCGCUCGAAGCAGAGACUCCCGAAAGGAUCCUGUAUCAGGGCGCUGCUGUUCCUCAGGGUCCGGACGCGCUCUCCAGGUGCAGAGAGUAGGCUGUGAGCGCAGACAUGUCGGGUCGCUCUGCUGCAGAGAUGGAUGACUCGCAGGAGCUGCCCGAGCUGCCGACAAAGAAGGCCAAGCUUGAGAUAGACGGUGGACUGGAGAAAGAACCCAGUAAUUUAGGUGACGAUGGGAGUCCAGCUGCUGUGUUAGGUUCCUCAGAGCAGGAAAGCUCUUACUCUGCCCUCUCCACAGCCCAACUUGAUCCAGGUGAUCAGGAGCAGUCAGACGCAGACAGAAGGGCAGCAUCUCAAGUGUGCGGUGACUCCAUGAACUCGUAUGCACAUUCUGCCGCGGACACAACAGCCACAUCUGAAUACACCCAACAGGUUUAUCAAGGAAACAACCCAGCAGUGACGUCGUACACCAGCCAGGUGGCCUUUCCUCCUCUGGCCCAGUCCACUGUGUACUCGGCCUUCCCUCAGACAGGCCAGACCUACGGCCUCCCGCCCUUUGGUGCUAUGUGGCCAGGCAUUAAAACAGAGACAGGGCUGCCUGAGGCUCCCUCUGGUGGCCAGCCUGGGUUUCUCAGCUUCAGCACCGCAUAUACCUCAAACCAGCCAGGCCAUCUGCACUACUCAUACCCCAGCCAAGGCUCCAGCUUCACAACAUCCAGUGUGUACUCCAGCAUCCCUUCAGCUACAGCCGCCACCACAACCUCUACCACAGUGGCCCACCAGGAAUUUAGCAGCUACAGCUCUCUGGGCCAGAGUCAGUUCUCUCAGUACUACAGUCUGCCUCCCAGCUACGUGCCUGCCGGGCUGCCCAGCGGCGAAGACCACAGUGCCAGUGUGGGAGUGGCCGGAUAUUCAGCUGUGAAGUCGGAGCAGGCCGCCUCAGCUGGACUGCCCCCCAGAGAUGCGUCCCCACCGGAGAACCUCCCAGCAGGUGCGGCCCUUCCUACCAGUGUGGUCCUCCCCACUGGAGCCAGAGAUCAGGAUGAGGUUGGACGUAGGAACUCUGUUGGCAAAGCCAAAGGGAAGGCCAAGAAGUCUGAUAACUCCCCGCCUGCUGAGAGUGACCUGGAGCGUAUUUUUCUGUGGGAUCUGGAUGAGACCAUCAUUAUAUUCCACUCACUGCUCACCGGCUCCUACGCACAGAAGUUUGGCAAGGACCCAGCGACAGUGCUGAACAUGGGCUUGCAGAUGGAGGAGCUGAUCUUUGAGCUAGCAGACACUCACCUUUUCUUCAAUGACCUGGAGGAAUGUGAUCAGGUCCAUGUUGAGGAUGUUGCCUCUGACGACAAUGGACAAGAACUGAGUAACUACAACUUCUUGGCGGAUGGCUUUAAUGGUCCCAGUGGUGGAGGGGCAUCAGGAACCACAACGGGAGUCCAGGGAGGGGUGGAGUGGAUGCGCAAACUGGCCUUUCGCUACCGCCGGCUAAAAGAGAUCUACAAUAGCUACAAAGGGAAUGUUGGAGGCCUGUUGAGUCCUAUGAAGAGGGAGCUGCUUCUACGGCUUCAGUCUGAGAUCGAGAACGUUACGGACGCAUGGCUCAGCACAGCGCUCAAGUCUCUGCUGCUCAUCCAGUCCAGGGGGAAGUGUAUGAAUGUGUUGGUCACCACCACUCAGCUGGUUCCAGCUCUGGCAAAAGUGCUGCUCUACGGCCUGGGAGACGUCUUCCCCAUCGAGAACAUCUACAGUGCCACAAAAAUAGGGAAAGAAAGUUGCUUUGAGAGGAUCGUCUCUCGCUUUGGGAAGAAAGUGACUUACGUGGUUAUAGGUGACGGUCGAGACGAGGAGUUUGCAGCGAAACAGCACAAUAUGCCUUUCUGGCGGAUCUCCACUCACGGUGACCUCGUGUCCCUCCACCAAGCGCUGGAACUGGACUUCUUGUAAAGGAGGCGGCGUUGAUUGUCGCACACUAAAAGGGAAAAAUGUAGUCGUCGUCCUGUUGGUUUGUGGAGUGACCUUGCGUGACAAAAAAAAUCCUCCACGAACCCCCCAAACGACACACACGCUCGCAUAUUAGAACCACCAAUCUGCCCUCACUGACGAUAGAGACUCACUGUGAGAUGUGUGAUGGUAAUGUACUGAGGCGGACUUUGGGUCGGAGCGGACUGUGAGAAACAGACUGGAUGCAUCAUUCGGCUGAAUUAAGGUUCCUCACGCCCAGCACUCCCUCCUCUACGGCAGCUAACCUCACCACGGCUGAAACUGGCACUGAUUUGGACACAGAAGGGAAGACAUCCAUUUUUCUCCUUUUCUUUGGCCUUUUAUCUCGUUUUCUUUAUUUUAGGAACAAACAAUCCCUCUACUUUUUAUUUCUGUCUCUCUGAACAACCAAAGGGCCAUUGUCAUUUAUUGGCGCUCUCUCUCUUUUUUGCUGUAGCUUUUUAUUUUGCCUCUGUUACAAAUGAAAGAAUAUCACAUUUGUUUUAAAAGAAUCUUUUCUGGGUUGUUUUGCACUCAUUCAAAGACUUGAAAGCAUCGUAUUGCAGUAUGAAAUAAUCCCAUUCUUAUUUUCUGUUUUAUUUCCCUUUUUUCUCCCAUGUAGCCAUUCAACUAUUUAUCAGACAGUACUAGAUGUGGUUUAAAAAAAAGAUGUGUAACUCGGUCAUGACCUCCUCUCCUGACCAACCCACACCAUCAGUCAGCUGUCCUGACCUCUCCACUGUGUGUGUGUGUGUGUGUGUGUGUGUGUGAGAGAGUGUGUGUGUGAGAGAGUGUGACUUAUGACAGACCUGGACCGGCCGUUCUGUAUGACUCAGUGAAGAUCAUAAGCGGAGCGUCAUGAGCAUAGCGAUAACAAAACCUGAGCUGCGUCCCAAAUCCAUAUGAUACCCUGUCAUAGUAUAAUGUUCUAGCAGUUAGUAUACAAAAAAAUAUAAACGUACUAAACCGCUUUAUACUAACAGGAGUGCGAAGGUCAAAGAAAGUUGAACACAAAUAGAUAAAUUCACAAAUAGACUACAAAAUGUUUUAAAUCUUGAUUAAAGAUGUAAUACUUGGAGCUGUUUCACCACCAAUCACAGCUAUACUUUGAUUUAUUUAUUUCAAGCUGUGACUCGAGAAUGGUUUCAAUCAACGCAACACAAAUUCAGAAAUUGAGCGUAUUUAGUCUGCGUACUGUCUGGAUGAUGCUAUUUACUAAAAACCUGCUCAGGAUUAGUAUGUAAUACGGAUCUGGGUCCCUGCCGCUGGUGUCUCCAAAAUGUGGUGAAUUUGAAGGAAGGAAUCCUUUAUGGGAAAAGCUCCUACUUUAGGCUCCAUAAACCAUUUAAAACCUGUUGAUUAGACAGACUGUUAAGAUAAAAACAGGUUCUGUUUUAGGGCCAGCAGCUGUUUAACUCAACACACUCAACUCCUAAUAUUUACCUAACAGCAGUGGAUGGAAAGGCACAUUAAUUCGUAUUUACUUAUGCAGAUUUUCUGUAAAUUUGGUCAACAUUCGUGUUACAUUUGGAUGGAAACCCGACUGCAGAUAAGAGCUCAGUAAACAGGAUGGAAACCUAACUAGUGCGGAUCUGUAGUGGCAGGAAGGUUUAGUCUAAGCCUCUGUACCUCCCAGUGUGAACUAAACACUGAAGCUCCAACAGCAGCGAGCUCUGGUUCACCUGCAGGAUGUCAGUCCUGGUUGUGUUGCUCCUGUGUAGGAGGGCCGGUCUGUCCCCAGGGGGCCUAUUGUCCCAUAAUCCAUCCACGCUCACACCUCUCAGCCUCUGACUCAGCUGAUACAUUGUUCGCAGGAUCACAGUUCACUCAAGAGGUUUCGUUUUGAAAGUUUCCUGAGUUGUAGCAUCUCAUCACAUUAUUUGCAAACAACGCUUUGAAUUGUGGGAGGACAAUAUACCAGGACACAGACGAUAACGUGGUGGUGUAGAAUUACCUUUUGUUACUUCUACAUGUUGCUACACAAUCAGAAUAGCUUCUUUUUUUUUUUGUGACUGAAUGACAAAAGGUAAUUUACCAAAAAGUAAAUUAGACAUUUGUUUCCACAGACAUUAUUCAACAUGUUAAAUUUGAUAUAACUGACAUUCAUUGUAUUAGUGACCUAAAACUAGAGCUGCAACUAACAACUAUUGUUAUUACUGCUUAAUCUGCAUUAUUCAAUUAGAUAACAUCUUUAAUUUAUGUCUGAUCAAAACUCCAAAACCCAAAGAUAUUCAAUUUACCAUCAUAGAGGAAUAAUAAUAAAUAUUAUUAUCAAUAUAAGUGAUUUUUAUUUAAUUUUUUUGUACUUUUGCUUAAAAGAAUUACUAAAACAAUUUUUAAAACUGAAUAACAACCUCAGCUAUUAUUCAAACCUUGGGGAAUUUUAGUUACGUCAGACAACUGCAGUCCCACAAUUACUUCAUCGCUCAGCCACAUGACAACCCCACGACCCGGUUGGACGAUGACGGUGCAAUACGUUUCUACUUUGCUCAUUAACUGUCUUUAAGGGAUUUUUUUUUCAUCUGUAGGUGGCGAGGGAAACUGGAAGUGGGGGGAGGGGGGUUCGACUUCCUCCUGGACUGUUUUGAGAUUACGACUGAACAAUACUGAGCCUGAAGAUUUAUUUACACCCAUGCAGCUUUGACCGUUAAGAAUGUGUAUUUCUGUGUAAUUUCAUUGUGUGUCUCGAGUGACUGUGCAUAUUUAUAUUAUUGUGCCUUUAACCAUCAUCUGUAUGCAUAAUCUCAAAGGGAAAUAUGUAAGAUUUUUGUUUGAUACAUUUAUCACUGCAUUGUUAUAUUAUCCAGUGUUAACUUACUUUUUUUUUUAAUUCAUACUUUUUUUUAGGUGCUGUUGAGACUUUUUUUGUUUUGUUACUAGACUAUUUUUGAUUUGAUUGUCCUGUCUGCACUGUAUUUGAAAGGUCUCCUAAAAAACCAUAUAUAUCCUUUUUUUGGGAGAAAAUGUUCAUGUAAAUUGUUCAGUGUUUUUAAAAAAAGGGCUUAAGAUGGCUAACAGUUGCUUUGCUAUCAGAUAAGUUCUCAAAAUGUAGAUAUCUCAAAUUGGAGUGACGAUGCGUUCAGUCUCAUUUUCAACAUUAACGUCUGGUUCGUGUUAGAUUCUUUUUUGCUUCCUUUUGAAAAGGAGAUUGCAUUUAUUCUGUUGCUGUGAAACGCUUCGAAUCGCUUAGAGACAAUCACAAUCUACAACACAUAGUAUUUUUAAUGCAGAUCGGAUUACUAAAGGGAAAGGGAUGUUCAACAAAGUGUCGCUUUGUUCGAGAAAUGAGCGAAUCUCAGUCCCGACACACGUUAGAGAAAAUGGAGAGACCGUAUGCAAUCUUUCUGCAUUUUUUCUGCUUAUUGAAUGUGUUUUCUGUUUAUUUCUCUACUUUGUCUGCAUGUCAUGUUUGUUUUGUAGUUUUUAAGUAUACCAUGGCUGUCGUAAAAAGAAAAAAGACCAUGCAAUGUUUAAGGGGCUAUAUUCUUCUGUGUGUCCUCUUUUUCUUUCCAAUGCCAAAUACUGUUUUAAAUGCUGUUAUUUUUUUGUAUUUCAUCUCAUUUUCAAGGACCUGUGAGGCCACAUAGGGUCAUGUAGAAAGCCUGAAUAUGAUCCUAUAAACAGAACACAUCAUAAUCGAUGCUAAUUUAAUUACAAUAAUCACUAUUUUCCCCCACAGUAACUGUCUGGGACCUCGACACAGUCCUGUAAGGUUUCCUUGUGUACCUAAGACUCUCAAUACAGUGUAAAUAAAUUUAAAAAGAAGUUUCAAA